AUGGUCCGCAAAGAUCCCAUCUUCGAAGCCCGCACCAAUGUCAAGCUCCACUCAAACCGCCUCAAAAAAGAAGCCGCCCGCGCCGAAUCAACCUUCAAAUCCGAAAAAGCCAAAGCCGACCGCGCCAUGAAAAACCGCGAAUUCCAAAUCGCCCGCAUCCACGCCUCCAGCGCCGUCCGCGAAAAGCGCCGCCAAGUAACCCUGAAAUCCGAAGCCGCGCGCGCAGACGUAAUAAUCAACGAACUCAAAGCCGCCCAAUCAACACGGGACACAUCACGAACCCUCGCCCUGGCGAGUCGGGGCCUGGACGCGGCGAGCAAGAGCGUGAAUCUGGAACAUCUUGUCUCGCAUGCGAAUAAUUUCUUGGCCCGGAGUGAAGACUUUAAGAUUGCUAGUAGUGCGAUUGAGGACGUUGCGCAGGGUGUUAGUUUACAGGAGUAUGGGGCUGAGGGUCAGCAUGAGGUUGAUCGGAUGAUGGAGCAACUUGCUGAUGAGGCCGGUGUUGAUAUGAGGAUUGCAUUGGAGCAGGAUACGGAGGUUCCUAAUGCGGAGGUUAAGGGGAAGGAACAGGCGCAGGCGCAGCAGCAGCCGGCGGAGGUUGAGGAUGGGCUUGGGGCGAGGUUGAGGGCCUUGCGGGCUGCUAAUUAG